AUGGAGGGGACGUUGUUGACACCGGGGGACGGAAAGAGGCAGAAGAGGGUGAGGUUCCGGGUGGCUUCAGGGAAUAGCGGGCGGGUUUUGAAAGAGAUGUUUAAGGAUGAAGGGCCAUCAGAUUCCCUGGAUUCAGACUGCACCAGCAGCUCAGAUGCCGACCGGGCCAGCACCCCAUCCACCACCAGCAGUGAGGUUAACGGCCUCCUGUGUGGAUAUUUGGCAUCGGAGCUGGACGACAGUGGAAGUGAACCUGACGAUCUGCUAAUGUUUGCAGGGGGGAGAGAGAAGGAUAGAGUGUUGAGUACCAAACGAGUGAAUAUACUCAGUAAAAAUGGGACAGUUCGAGGAGUCAAGCAUAAAGUCAGUGCUGGCCAAAUUCUCUUUGAUAACCUGGGUAAAAACAAUGGGGUAAAACUGACUCUAGAGUUUGGGCGAAUUGUAAUCUACACCACCAGUUUUCGAGUGGUCAGGACAACAUUCGAGCGAUGUGAGCUAGUCCGAAAGAUCUUUCAGAACCACAGUGUGAAGUUCAUGGAGAAGAACAUUGCCUUGGAUAGUGAGUAUGGGAAGGAACUGGAAACACGCUGUAAACGAGUAGGUGAACCACCCUCACUCCCUAUGGUAUUCAUCGAUGGACACUACCUAGGGGGUGCAGAGAAAAUACUUGAAAUGAAUGAGUUAGGGGAACUUCAGGACCUCCUAACCAAAAUUGAGAGGGUACAGCACCCUGACACUUGCCAGAUGUGUGGGGGAUUCGCCUUUGUCCCGUGCCCUAUGUGCCAUGGCAGCAAAAUGUCUGUGUUUCGCAACUGCUUUACUGACUCCUUCAAAGCCCUGAAGUGCACAGCAUGCAACGAGAACGGUCUUCAGCCCUGCUCCAGCUGUUCUCACUAG